UUUAAAAGUGGUUUAGUGUUGGUGAACUUACAUUUGUGUAUAUAAAAUUUGCAUAGAAAGUAAAUUAAGUUUAUGAUAAAGCAAAGGAUUUAAUUUGUAGAUUUAACACUUUAACACAAAAAAAUCUAUAAAGGAAUAAGUUCUAGGUGAGACAGAGAUAAUAUUAGAAGAAAAAUUUAUCAUACUUUAUAUUUUUUUAUUCUUUUGAUCGGAGAAACACUGACUAAUAAAUCCUAAUGUUUAGGAAUGAGAGGCGUCAGCUUCUACACAACAACACAAUUGAAUGCUACACAAUAACGCUAAACAACAGAUGGCUAUACAAUAACAACUGACUGCUACACAAUAAAUACUACACAAAUGAAUGCUAAUAACACUUGAGACUCGCGCUGGAAAUGACGCGCACGAGCACCGCGUUCAUGGACAGAAGACUCGAGUGUCUCGGGUGAAUCUGCGCAGUUAAACACUUUCUACAGGCAGUCGACUUUAAGGUUUUGGAUCUGGUCACGUGUAACUUUGGUUUGAAGGCUCUUAUAGCUCAAUGCUUGAGUGACAGAUACACUAUGUUAACCAGUGCCCCAUUCUCAAGUCUCCUGUUGGCAGCGGUCUGUCUUUCAAGCCGGGCCGUCCCAUUGAGAAGCACUGUUUUAUUGUCAGAGCAACAUAAAACCCCACAGGAACGUCAUGAAGAACCAUCAACUAGAAGUCCUCAAGAGAAGGAGGACAGAAGAUUACCAGAAGCAGCAGAUAUGAUCACCAUGAAAGCGUCAGCUUCACCUGAACCUGAGAGUACGAGUGGGUUUCAUCUCUCUUCAUUAGUUUCAGACUCCACUCAUAAAUCAUUUAUCCCCUCUCCAUCCACCACUCCUGAUCUCUUCAUCUCGUCUGAGCUCACACAAUCAUCUGGUUCAGAAGCACAGCACAGAGUUUAUAGCAGCAGUGUUCACGAAGGGUUGGGUAGCGUGACGGCUGUCAGAAAUGGGGACGGAGCGCUGAGGUUUAAUGAUCGAGCUGUCUGGACUUACGCUCCAUAUCAGACGCAGCCUGGACAGCAGAACACACCGGUCUCUGGUGGAUCUUCUCUGGAUCCGUUUCUGGUGACUGUCAAUGUUUCUACAGUCUUAUUGAGGACAUCUGCUACUGUUGACCCGGAGAGAGCAGAUUUAUUCAACACAGAAGAUGUUGAAUCACCAGAAACCAGAAAGAGUGACCAUAACCAACCAGGACACAACACAGCGUCCAGCGCACUGAGCAGAACUGAUCUACAGAAGGAAAACAUACGACUGGAAACAAUCGUAGGAACCUCCACCACCGUUACCAGCAGAUCAUCUGUGCAUCUUUUAACAGGUGUUGAGCUCUCAUCUGUUUCAGGACUCAGUCAGACAGAUCGAGUCCUCGACUCUAAAUUGGUGGAUGUUGCUUAUGUCUGGACGGAGCCGCUUCACCUGCAGAGAGAACCUGCAGAAGAAGAAGAAGUAAGUGUGGAGCCAUCAUCUCAGGACCUUCUCGCUGAGACCAUCAUGUCCUCUGAAGACCUUCCACUGAUUUUCGAACCAUUCGAGGACCUCACACCACCUGAAACCUCGGUCGCUGUGAUGCCUACAGCUGUAACUGUGGAAGAUGCAGAGCUUCUGGUGUCCAUGGAUACGGCGCAGACAUCCUCUGACCUUCUUCUCACAGGAAUUCCGGAGCGGUCCUCGUUAGGGCAGACGUCUGGAACCGAGAUGUCGGAUGCCGUCAGUGCGUCACAAACGGGGCUGGACGUGGAAUCGGAUGGGAAGAGACGAAAUGAUGACAUCCCACAGAUGAUGAUGUCUGUUACAAAGUCUGAGGUCAUUCAGUUACCAACAUCAAAACCAAAGGCAGACGCAGAAGAUCUGGAAUCUAAAGAAGAGCCAGAUGAAGACGAGGAAGACGAAGGGGUGGACUCUGAUGAGGAAGAGAGUGAAGAGGACCUAGCAGAAACCACCAUGGCUCCUUCCAACAGCCUCAUACCUCCUCCUCCUCCGGUCUGGAUGCAGGGGAAUCAGGGCCUGGUACGGAGCUGGGUUGAACUAAUACGAGAAAAGGCCGGUUAUGUGUCUGGGAUGUUGGCACCUGUUGGCAUUGGAAUAGCCGGCGCUCUUCUGUUGGUCGGUGCUCUGUAUGGCAUCAGAGCGAUUCAUCGCAGGAGGAGGGAGAACAUUAAACAUCAGAGGAUCAGGCCACCCAGAGAAGUGAGGAGGAGACCUGACAAUGCAAUGCUGCUGGCUGACAGUUCAGAAGAUGAGUUCUGAUCAGAUUCAUUCACUCCAAGUACAAACAGAUCUUCGACUGUAAUAUCACUCCUCAUCAUCUAUACAAAAACAUACAAACAAACAAACAUAUACAGUAAAUGUAAAAGUGAAGGCAAUAACCAGCUUUUAGUUUAUUAAAUAAGAUUUAUGCUGUUUUGAGAAACAGUAUGUCAAUCCAACAUUUAAACUCUUAAUGCUGCCAUCAUAAAGACCCACACAUGAAUGACAUCUUUAAGAUAAAUGCUCAGCUGAGGACACAAACCAACUGACAUAUGCAUGAAUUAAGGAAAAUUAAAAAAAUGCAAGUAAUUUAUCAUUGGUAAACAUGUGUUUACAUCAAAACAUUUCCCAGUAUUCUUCUUAUCACUGUUCAUUCACAGAAGAUGAAGAUGAUGAAAAUAUAAUGAGGUGCAGUUAUAGAAGAUGAAUCCAAUGUUUGACACAGACACACACACGCACACACACACACACACACACGCACA